AUGUCGCUUGUACAUGUACCACCAACCGAUUGGCAGCCACCCACUGCAACGGUCGACCCCUCCAAUCCUAACAUAAUACGAUGGGAAGACAUCGGGCUCACGCUCAUCCACAAUUUCAUCACCGAAGACGAAGAAGCAGCCAUGAUUGAAGCAUUCCACGCCCGAGACCCACAAAAAGAAGGAAAGAGACGCAUCAGCCAGCAUUUCGGCCACCACUUCGACUACACCACCUUCGGCGCCUCGGAAACACACUUCACCCCGGUCCCGUCGUACAUCACCAACUUCCUCCCCCGCCUUCCGAUCCAGACCUACCUUCCGGACCAGUUCACCGUCCAGUACUACCCGCCCGGCGCCGGCAUCCCGCCACACGUCGACACGCAUUCCAUGUUUGCCGAGGCCCUCUAUAGCUUGUCGUUCGGCAGCGCCGUGCCCAUGCAGUUCAGGAUGUCCGGGCCGAACGACGCGCGCAAGAUGCGGCUGCCCAAGCGGUCGGUCCAGACUCAGAAUAUCAAUAAGGGAGGUGAUGAAACAAACACCGAGGCGGCGUCUGCCGCAGCAGUUUUGGAGCAGACUCAGACCCAGAACGCAGAGCAGCAAGCUGCAUGCUGGGAAAUCCUCCUCCCGCCACGCUCGCUGCUCCUCAUGACGGGACCGUCCCGCUACGGGUAUACGCAUGCCAUCCGGCCGCGCAAGACGGAUGUUGUUGAUGGGAAGACGGUGCCGAGGCAAGGGAGGUAUUCUAUUACUAUGCGUACUGUCAGAAGGGGUGACGAAAUUGGCUGCGAUUGUGCGUACCCUGGGGUGUGUGAUGCUAGGAUACGGGCGGAGAUGGCGGCUAGGGGGGACGGGGCGGUGUAA